CCAAUCUUCUAAACUCCAGCAUCACAUCCUUGCUUUUGUAUUCUAGUUCCCUUUUAGAAUUUGAUUCCUGUUAAGAAUUUGAUUCCUGUUAAGAAAAUACUCUAUACUUCUAUUCCUUCUACCAAAGUUCAUGACCAUAAGUUUCCCAACACUGUAUUCCAUCUGCCACGUCUUUGCCCAUUCUCCCAAUCUAAGUUCCUCGGCAGAGCUGUUCAUAUCAUCCACAAACUUAGCUACAGCACCAUACGUUCUGUCAUGCACAUUGAGAAAAGAAGUGGUCGCAACUCAGACUCCCAAGGAACACCAGAGCACCACUUGUCACUGGCAGCCCCUUUAUUCCCUGUCUUUGUCUCCCGCCAAUCAGCCAUUCUUCUGUCCAUGCUGGUCUCUUUCCUGUAAUAACCGUCCGCUCUUAACUUGCUGCACAGCCUCGUGUGCCACACCUUGUCAGAGGUCUUCUGAAGAUCGAAGUACACAAUAUUCACUGAUUCUCCUUUGUCUAUCCUGCCUUAUAUUUCCUCAAUUUCCCCUUGAGGGAACCAUGCUGACUUUGGCCUAUUCUAUCAUGUGUCUCCAAGCACCCCAGAACCACAUUCUUGACAUUCAUCCCCAACAUCUUCCCAACCACAGACUGGCCUGUAAUUUCUUGUCUUUUGCCUCCCUCUUUUCUUAAAGAGUGAAGUGACACAUUGAUCCUUGAAUCUAAUGAUCCUUGAAGGAUCUUUACUAAUGCCUCCACAAUCUCUUCAGCUACCUGUUUCAGAAGUUCGUCUCGUCCAGUUGCUUAUCUACCUUUCAUCAGACCUGGGAAAUGAAUGUGCAAGGGUAUACAUGCUAUCGUAGGGACAGAAAUGUGGGUAGGGGGCCCUGUUGGUGAGGAAUGAGAUUCAGUCCUUUGCAAGGGGGGACAUAGGAUCAGGAGAAGUAGAGUCUGUGUGGAUAGAACUGAGGAACAGUAAGGGCAAAAGGACCCAAAUGGGUGUUGUCAACAGGCUCCAAACAGUAGCAUGGAUAUUGGGUGCAAGUUGAAUAGGGAGUUAACAUUGACAUGUGACAAAGGUAAUGUCGCAGUAGUUAUGGGGGAUUUCAACAUGCAGGUGAACUGGGAGAAUCAGGUUGGUGCUGGACCUCAGGAUAGGGAGUUUGUAGAGUGCCUACGGGAUGCAAUCUUGGAACAGCUUGUACGAGAGCCAACCAGGGACAAGGCUAUUCUGGAUUUAGUGUUAUGUAAUGAACAGGAUUUGAUAAGCGAUCUUGAAGUAAAGGAGCCAUUAGGAGGUAGUGAUCACAACAUGAUAAGUUUUUAUCUGCAAUUUGAGAAGGAUAAGGGCAGAUCGGAGGUGUCAGUGUUGCAGUUGAACAAAGGAGACUAUGGAUCCAUGAGGGAGGAGCUGGCCAAAGUUAACUGGACAGAUAUCCUAGCAGAAAAGACAGUGGAACAGCAAUGGCAGGUAUUCUUGGGAAUAAUGCACAAGGUGCAAAAUCAGUUCAUUCCCCGGAGAAGGAAGGAUUCAAAAGGGGGAAAGGGGCCACAGUGGUUGACAAAGGAAGUCAGAGAUUGCAUAGCAUUAAAAAAAAGGAAGUAUGACAGAGCUAAGGUGAGUGGGAGGACAGAUGAUUGGGAAAUUUUUAAGGAACAACAGAACUUAACUAAAAAGGCAAUACGGGGAGAAAAAAUGAGGUACGAACGCAAGCUAGCCAGGAAUAUAAAGGAGGAUAGCAAAAGCUUUUUUAGGUAUGUGAAGAGAAAGAAGAUAGAACAAUGUUGGGCCCUUGAAGAAUGAAUUGGGUGAAAUUGUUAUGGCAGAAGAAUUUAAUAAGUACUUUAGAUCUGUCUUCACUAAGGAAGACACAAGCAAUCUCCCAGAUGUAUGGAUGGGCCAAGGAGACAGGGUAACAGAGGAAAUUAAACAGAUUGACAUUAGGAAGGAAACGGUGAUGAGUAGACUGAUGGGACUGAAGGCUGACAAAUCCCCAGGUCCAGAUGGUCUGCAUCUUCAGGUACUAAAGGAGGUGGCCCUGGAAAUUGCGGAUGCAUUGGCAAUCAUUUUCCAAUGUUCCUUAGAUUCAGGAUCAGUUCCUGAGGAUUGGAGAAUGGCUAAUGUUAUCCCACUUUUUAAGAAAGGAGGGAGGGAGAAAACAGAGAACUAUCGACCCGUCAGCCUGACAUCGGUGGUGGGGAAGAUGCUAGAGUCCAUUAUUAAAGAUGAAAUAGUGGCAUUUCUAGAUAGCAGUGAUAGGAUUGGGCCGAGCCAGCAUAGAUUUACCAAGGGUAAAUCAUACUUGACUAAUCUAUUGGAGUUUUUCGAGGAUGUAACCAGGAAGUUAGACAAGGGAGAUCCAGUGGAUUUAGUGUACCUCGAUUUUUAGAAGGCAUUUGAUAAGGUCCCAUAUAGGAGAUUGGUGGGUAAAAUCAGAGUUCAUGGCAUUGGGGGGAAGAUAUUGACAUGUAUAGAAAACUGGUUGGUAGAUAGAAAGCAAAGGGAAUUUCUCGGAAUGGCAGGUGGUGACUAGUGGGUUGCCACAGGGCUUGGUAUUGGGACCACAGCUCUUUACGAUUUACAUCAAUGAUUUAGAUGAAGGCAUUGAGAAUAACAUCAGCAAGUUUUCUGAUGAUAGUAAGCUGGGUGGCAGUGUGACGUGAUGAGGAUGUGAGGAGAAUUCAAGGUGACUUGGAUAGGCUGGGUGAGUGGGCAGAUACUUGGCAGAUGAAGUUUAAUGUGAAUAAGUGUGAGAUUAUCCACUUUGGGAGUAAGAACAGGAAGGCAGAUUAUUAUCUGAGCGGUGUAGAGUUAGGUAAGGGAGAAAUACAAAGAGAUCUAGGAGUCCUUGUUCAUCGGUCACUGAAAGUGAAUGAGCAAGUGCAGCAGGCAGUGAAGAAGGCUAAUGGAAUGUUGGCCUUUAUUACAAAGGGAAUUGAGUACAAGAGCAAGGAAAUCCUCUUGCAUUUGUACAGGGCCCUGGUGAGACCACACCUGGAGUAUUGUGUACAGUUUUGGUCUCCAGGUUUAAGGAAGGACAUCCUGGCUAUAGAGGAAGUGCAGCGUAGAUUCACGAGGUUAAUUCCUGGGUUGUCUGGACUGUCUUAUGCAGCGAUGUUAGAGAGACUGGGCUUGUACACGCUGGAAAUAAGGAGAUUGAGAGGGGAUCUGAUUGAAACAUGUAAGAUUAUUAAGGGAUUGGACAAGAUAGAGGCAGGAAAUAUAUUCCAGAUGCUGGGAGAGUCCAGUACCAGAGGGCAUGGUUUGAGAAUAAGGGGUAGGUCAUUUAGGACAGAGUUAAGGAAAAACUUCUUCUCCCAGAGAAUUGUGGGGGUCUGGAAUGCACUGCACUGUCUGGAAGCCAAUUCUCUGGAUGCUUUCAAGAAGGAGCUAGAUAGGUAUCUUAUGGAUAGGGGAAUCAAGGGAUAUGGGGACAAGGCAGGAACCGGGUAUUGAUAGUAGAUGAUCAGCCAUGAUCUCAGAAUGGCGGUGCAGGCUCGAAGGGCAGAAUGGUCUACUUCUGCACCUAUUGUCUAUUGUCUAUCUUGUCAAUUACCUUCUCCGUAGUAAUAACUCACUUCGGCCCCCAGACUUCCUUGAAUUUCUGAAAUACUGCUGGUGUUUUCUACAGCAAAGACUGAUGCAAAAUAUUUAUUCAGUGUCAUUUCUUUAAUAUUUAUUCAUUUCCUUACCCCACAUUUCUACCUCUCCAGUGUUACUUUCCAGCGGUCCAAUAUCAACUCUUGCCUCUCUUUCACUCUUUAUAUAUUUGAAAAAAAUAUUAUUAUUUUGCCUAUAAAAAGGAUUCCACCCCCCUGCCCGGAAGUUUUCAUAUUUUAUUGUUUUACAACAUUGAAUCACAGUUGAUUUAGAAAUAUAGAAAUGUAGAAAACCUACAGCACAAUACAGGCCCUUCCCUUUGGCCCACAAAGCUGUGCCGAACAUGUCCUUACCGUAGAACUACCUAGGCUUUACCCUUAGCCCUCUAUUUUUCUAAGCUCCAUGUAGCCAUCCAGGAGUCUCUUAAAAGACACUAUCGUUUCCCCUUACACCACCGCUACCCAUUCCACGCACUCACCGCUCUCUUUGUAAAAAACUUACCCCUGACAUCUCCUCUGUACCUACUCCCCAGCACCUUAAACCUGUGUCCUCUCGUGUUAGCCAUUUCAAUCCUGACUAUCCACACGAUUUGAUUUGGAUUUUUUGACACUAAACAGGAAAUAGACUCCUUUGUGUCAAAGCAAAAUCAGAUCUCUACAAAGUGAUCUAAAUUAAUUACAAAUAUAUAACCACAAAUUAAUUGAUUUCACAAGUUUUCACCGUUCCCCUUUAAUAUGACACACCAAAUCAUCACUGGAGUAGCCAAUUGGUUUUAGAAGUCACAUGAUUAGGUAAAUAGAGAUGACCGUGUGCAGUUUAACUGACUGAUAAAAAUCCACCUGUACCCCUCGGUUCCUCUUAUCCCCAGGGUCCCUGUUGUUCACUGUGAAAGUCCAACCCUGGUUUGUCUUCCCGAAACACAACCCCUCACUCUGAUAGGAAUUAAACUGCAUUUGCCAUUCACUGGCCCACUGCCACAGCUGAUUGAGAUACCCCUGAAAGUGCUGUUACACACCUUCACUAUCACUGUUACAUUGAGACAGUAUGAAGGGAAAAUGGAGCACAGUUACAGAGCAAGUACUGAGCAGCAGCCAAUAAGCUGCAAAGACUGUGACGAGGUAGAUUCUGAGGCCAUGCGUCCAUCUAUCGUUCAAUAAUCUGAUAUUAUCGGGGCAGAAUCUCCUUGAAUCUGCUAAAAAGUGCUUUCAAGCUUUUGUAUUUCCUGCCUGAUGGGAGAGGGGAGAAGUCUGGGGUUAGGGGGCAUCUAUUACUAUGCUGGCUGUUUUAGCCUGUUGGGGCGUUUAGCUUCUGCCUGAUGGGAGAGUGAGGGUGUCCAGGGGGUGGUAGGAGGACUUUGAUCAGCUUGUUUCCUUUUCAAUCUGCGUACUUUCUUGACCUCUAUCCGUCUAUCUCUCUCCUCCCUCUUCUUUUCUCAUCUCUGUCAUGACACCCAUCUCUCUCUCUCUUUGUCUCACUCUGUUUACUUUCUCCCUUUCCGCCUCUUUAACCCACACUCCCCCUCCAUCACCUUUCAUUCCUCCUCCCCAUCUCUUUCCUUCCCCUCCACCUCUGUCUCCCACUCCUUCCAUCCCUCCCCCCUUCCUCCCCAUCUCUAAACCUCUCUCUCCAACCCCCUCCCUCUCCACACUGCUUUCCCUCCCUCUUUCCCUCCACACUCUUCCCUUCCCACUCCCCUCCCCUAUUCCCCCACCCCCUUUUCCCUCUUAACCCCUUCCCCUCCCACCCUCUCUCCCCCCCCCUCUCUCCUCACCCCAUCUCGGUAUGUCUCUCUUUCCCAUCUCUGUCUGUCUCUGUUUCUCUCUAUCCCUUGUCUCUGUCGAUCUCCCUCUCCUCUCCCCUCUUACCCCCUCUUCCCCCUCUCUUCUCACCCCAUCUGGGUACGUCUCUGUUUCUCUCUAUCCCUUGUCUCUGUCGAUCUCCCUCUCCUCUCCCCUCUUCCCCACCUCCCCCCUUCCCCCCUCUUCCCCCCCUCUUCCCCUCGGUAUGUCUCUCUUUCCCAUCUCGGUAUGUCUCUGUUUCUCUCUAUCCCUUGUCUCUGUCGAUCUCCCUCUCCUCUCCCCUCUUACCCCCUCUUCCCCCUCUCUCCUCACCCCAUCUCGGUAUGUCUCUCUUUCCCAUCUCGGUAUGUCUCUGUUUCUCUCUAUCCCUUGUCUCUGUCGAUCUCCCUCUCUCAUCUCUCUCACUCUAGACUCCCAGAUGGAGACAUGUGGCGAUGAUUCAGCGGACAAUUUGGAGGACUCUUCAGCGGAGGAGGAGUCAUCGUCUGACCUCCUGAUCGAGUGGCCCCCACUGGAGGAGGGGGGAGGGAGGGGGCCCAGUGAGAGGCCCCUCUCGUCCUCAGCACCCGCUGCCCGCCGGACCUACAUCUGUCCCGAAUGCGGCCGCCCUUUCACCAAGUACUCCAACUUCAAGCAGCACCUGCGGGUGCACUCCGGGGAGAAGCCAUUCGCCUGCGGGGGCUGCGGCAAGGCGUUUAACCUGCGCUCGAACCUCCACCGGCACCAGCGUACCCACACCGGCGAGCGGCCCUAUCCCUGCCCGCAGUGUGGCCGUGCCUUUGGAGAGAGCUCCAGCCUGCGCCGGCACCAGCGUACCCACACCGGCGAGCGGCCGCACGCUUGCUCAUUGUGCAGCCGCCGCUUCGGACAGCCCUCGGUGCUCCGAGCCCAUUUGCGGGCUCACACGGGUGAGAGACCACACACCUGCCCGGUCUGCGGCCGGCGCUUCGGACAGCCCUCGGCUCUGCGGGCACACCAGCGGGCACAUACUGGCGAGCGUCCGUUCUCCUGUCCUGAGUGUGGCCGCCCCUUCCGCCACGCCUCCAGCCUGGCGCAGCACAGGCGGGCCCACGCCGGACUGCGGCCCCACCGCUGCAUUGACUGUGGCCGGGCCUUCGGCAAGUCAUCCACGCUCGCCCAGCACCGGGCCGCGCACGCCGGACUGCGGCCCCACGCCUGCCCCGAGUGCGGCCGCUGCUUCGGGCGGCCUUCUGCCCUGGCCCGCCACCAACGGCUCCACGCCUGGCAGGGAGAGAGGGCCUGCGGGGACUGUGGACAGCGCUUUGCUGACCCUGAGGGACUCCACAGCCACCGAUGCUCUCCGGCCAGGGGCGAUGUAUGAGCU